AUGGAUUCGCUUGUCAGCGAAUCUUCAGCGGAAUUGGCCAAUCGUCUUUCUGUAGAUACAGUUUUCUCGACAGCAGUUGCCUCAAUCAACAAGAAGAUUGAAGGCUUUUCCGACAGAGUUGAAGUUAAAAAACGACAAACAGAUGAGGUAGUUGUCAAAAAAGACGAGAAGUUGAGCGAACUAUUAAAAGCUUUGAUUGAAAAACAAGACCAGCUUGAAGCAGUCUUUGAUCAAAUUGAUCGCAUAGAGGGCAUUAUUAAUAAAGUUAAAGAAACGUAUAAUGCAGUAGCUGAAAACUUGGAUUCAAUAGAAAAAGCAGUUUCAGCUAGUACAACAACGUAUUCACUUCAAUCGAGCCGUCGUCAACAGCAGCAUGGCGUGCCAUUACAACCUUACUUUCCACCACCUAAUCAUGUUGAUAUUUUUGACACAAACGAACUGUUUCCUUUAACUGAGGAAUAUAUUCUUAUCCCUGAGACCGGACAACAAAAGUACAUCCAUAGCUUCGAUAUUCGCCUCCAAUGA